CUGGGCUGACAACCGGAUCUGACUGCCCCGGUUAGCUGGGCGAAUUUGAUGGGUGGGUGGGUGGUCGCAGCGGUCAAAGCAGGCGAAUAGCUGUUGUCUGGACCAGGGAGGGCCGAGAUGAAAUCUUGGAACGCCACGAUCAUCCGACGCCAAAAGUCCGAAAUAGAGACAGGACACGGCCAUUCCAGACUCCAAAAACCGUAAUAAUAAAUGCUAUCAUAAAAUAGAACUCCACGAGAGUACACCGCCUGCCCCUGGGGCAGCCCGAGCCGGAGCGUAACCGACUGGCACGAGAAAGUGAGAGGAAAGCCGUGCGCAGCCGCGCUUUCCUGCCCUAGAGCUGUGGUAGCCGCGGGAAAAAUGCUUUCUGAAAGUUUAUUUUUGAAGGGUAUGAUGGUUGGAAGCAUUUUCUGUGCCAUGUUCACAAUGCUAGGACAUAUUAGAAUUGGUCAUGGAAAUAGAAUGCACCGCCAUGAACAUCAUCACCUACAAGCUCCUAAUAAAGAAGGUAUUUUGAAAAUGUCAGAGGAUGAACGCAUGGAACUCAGUAAGAGUUUUCAGGUAUACUGUAUCAUGCUUGUAUAACCCAAAGAUGUGAGUCUUUGGGCUGCAUUAAAGGAGAGUUGGACCAAACACUGUGACAAAGUAGAGUUCUUCAGUUCUGAAAACGUUGAAGUGUUUGAGUCAAUUAGCAUGGAAACAAAUGAUAUGUGGUUAAUGAUGAGAAAACCUUACAAAUACGCCUUUGAUAAAUACAGAGACCAAUACAACUGGUUCUUCCUUGCAUGCUCCACUACAUUUGCUAUUAUUGAAAACUUAAAGUAUUUUUUGUUAAAAAAGGAUCCAUUGCAACCUUUCUAUCUAGGACACACUUUGAAAUCUGGAGACCUCGAAUAUGUGAGUAUAGGAGGGAUUGUCUUAAGUACAGAAUCAAUGAAAAGACUUAACAGUCUUCUCACUAUCCCUGAAAAGUAUCCUGAACAAGGAAGAAUGAUUUGGAAGAUAUCUGAAGAUAAGCAGCUAGCAGUCUGCCCAAAAUAUGGUGGAGUGUUUGCAGAAAAUGCAGAAGAUUCUGAAGGAAAAGAUGUAUUUUAUACCAAAUCUGUUGGACUUUUUAUUAAAGAGGCAAUGACUAAUCACCCCAACAUGGCAGUAGAAGGAUGUUGCUCAGAUAUGGCUGUUACUUUUAAUGGACUGAUUCCUAAUCAAAUGCAGAUGAUGAUGUAUGGGGUAUAGCAUCUCAGGGCAUUUGGGCAUAUAUUCAGUGAUGCAUUGAUUUUCUUCCCUCCAAAUGGUUCUGACAAUGACCGAGUAUAUGAUCACCAUCUACAACAUGUGUUGCUAUUAUUUGUAGUAACAACUGUAUAUCCAACAGAGCAGUAUGUUUCCUUUUUCAGUUAGGUGGCACUGGUUUAAUUGGACAUUAAAGUUUAGUAGUAUAUUUUCAAAUAGGGUGAGUUUUUUCCCCUCAAAACACUUGUGAAAAUUUCAAACAUUUUAGAAAGAAAGGUUUUAAAAAUAAUAAUUUUGCAAAUAAAGGAUAUAUUUGUAAGCAUAUAUGUGGUAAAUUCUAAAUUAUAAGCAAACUAUGUUGCAUAUUUUUGCUAAUUGGUUAAAAAAAUUAAUGUCUUUAGUUUUUGAAGAUAUGCAAAUGACACCUCUAGUUGUGAAUUUAUGAUUAAAGUAAAACUUUCAACAAUAUGUUCUAUUACUUAAAAUAGACCAUCAAUAGAAUAGUGGCAGUAAUAGUGGUAAGACAAAAUAUAUGUGUGAGGAAAUAUUUCUGCCCUGAUACAUCAAUUUAACUUUUUAUUAGAUAUUUAUAUUUUGUAUGCAAUAUUGUUAUUCCUAAGAUACAUAAAUGUAAGAAUUUAAAAAAAUGUAAAUACAAUAGGAUCAACUAAACAUUAUCUAUAUUUGAAAGAAAUGUUUCUUUCUGUCCCAUCAUAUAUUAGAAUAUUUUUACUCCUGCUUCCUUUUCUAGUAAUAUGUCUCUGAAUUGCCUGUAUUUUUUAUGGCAUUAUUUCCUUUAUGUAGUGGUUUAACUAAACAUAAAAUUCACUUUGACUUGUAGAUCUGGUCUUAUCAAGCCCACAUUACACUGAUUCCUGUUAGCCCAAUGUUACAGCAGCAAGCUAAAAAUCUUCUCAAAGUGUUUGUAUGUGAAAUAGUUAGGAUUUUACUUAUAGCAACAGCAGGUUUUUAACCUUGUAGAAUUAGUCUACAGCUGUCCAAAAAUGUCCACCUUGUACCUACAGACUUUUUUGUUUGAGCAGCUGUUUGUCCAGAUUCUUUGUCUGUAAAUUCACCAUAUAGGGUACUCAUACCUGAAGUGUCGAUCAUUUGUAAACACUAAGUUUUUAGGCACAUUCUAAAUUACUUAAGCACAUUUUCAAGCACAUUGGAUAUCAUUUUAACAGAGUGAGAACGUUGGCAUCUCUGCUUCUGAAUUUAUCUCUUUUGGUGCCUUAAUCUUUGAGUCAAAAAGCUUCUGCUCAGCUGUGCAGCCCUGCACAAAGGCUUGUUAACCAGCAAAAGGAAAUUUGCUCACAAUUUAAAGAUUGAUGCAAACAGCCCCUCACCCUAAACUCGCCUUCCCUGAAGAGAAAAAGUAUGUACAAAAAAGACAACUGGAUUGUCAAAGACUUAUAAGAACAUAAUGGUAAACCCAUAUUAACAAAAUGAUGAGUCAACUAACCAAGGACAAGGAGUUUCAUAAUUCUCAGAUCCUUGCUGACGUCCAGAAGGCUGACAGGUCGAUUGGCACCUGACAACAAGCACCUCCUGCUCCCUGCUUUCCUGUUAUAAAGGAAGCUUAAAAUCAGUGCUAGGUUAAGGUGAUUCUUUAGGAAAAUAGUCCACCAUCUUCUCAGUCUGUUAGUUUCCAAAUAAAGUCACUUUCCUUGCCCCAACACCUUGUCUCUCAACUUACUGGCAUGUUCUGCAGCCAGUGGCAUGAGCUUAGACUAGUAACACCAUCAUAAGUUAAACCUCUUUUUUUUAGGAAAAUAGUGAAGUCAAAGAGGCAAUAUUAACUUGUGAAAUCGAAGUUGUAUUCCACAUAAGUAGCAUCAUGCAUUCUUCAACCACUUACUGCUUUCUCCCCAACCUGCUGUAGGCCCAGUUCUAGUUUUGGGAAUAGAGUAGCUGAUCCUCCAGGGUUGAAGACAGAUCCUCAGAAAGGAACUAACUAAGCAAGCUCAUAGAUGACCAUGAAUCAUUUGACCAUAUAUAUGAGGGUUUCUUUCUGGGCUCCCUAUUCUAUUUUGGUAGAAUACCCCAGUGAAGCAAUCUGGUCUGGGGAUUUUCUUUGCUGAGAGUUUUUUUUAUUACAGAUUUAACUUUAAUAGUUAUAGAUUUAUUCAGACAUUCUAUUUCUUCGUGAUUCAGUCCUGAUAGACUGUGUGUUUCUAGAAAUUUGCCCAUUUAAUCUAGGUUGUGCAAUUUGCUGGUGUGUACUUUAACAGUUUUCUCUGUAAUCCUUUUUAUUUCUACAAAAUUGGCAGUAAUGUUCCCUCAUUUAUUUCUGAUUUGGCUAUUUGAAUGUUUUCUCUUUUUUCUUCAUCAAUCUAGAUAAAAGCUUGUCAAUUUGUUGAUCAUUUUGAAGCACCAACUUUUGGUUUUAUUGAUAUUUCUAUUCUCUGUUUUACUAGUCUCUGCUCCAAUAUUAUUUCCUUCCUUCUGCUGUCUUUGGGUUUUUGUUUGUUCUUCUUUUUUCAGUUACUUAAGGUAUAAACUUAGUUUAUUCAUUUGAGAUCUUUCUUUUUUUCAGUACAAUCAUUCACAGCUAUAGAUUUCCCCCUUAGCACUGUGCUUGCUAUUUCCCAUAAGUUUUUGUAUUGUGUUUUCAUUUUAAUUGUUUCAAGGAUUUUCUAAUUUGUGAUUUCUUGUUUGACCUAUUGAUUGUUUAAGUGUGUGUUGUUUAAUUUGCACACAUUUGUGGAUUUUUCUGUUUUAAUUCUAAUUUCUAGCUUAAUUCCAUUCUGAUCAAAAGAUACUUUUUUUUGAUUUGAAUAUUUUAAAUUGUUUUGAGACUUGUUUUGUGGCCUAAACUAUGUACAGAGUUUAUAAAAGAAUUUACAGAUACAGUAUUAUUUGUUAUUUAUGUCUGUUAGAAUUCAUCAAUAAAACCAUCAAGGCCA